CCACGAUUAGAGCAUAGAGUCAGAAACAGAUAGCGAGCAAGGCAAGGGCACUUCAGUUAUUCGUGUCAUUCGUAGGCUAGUCCUUUUCUGAAGAUCGCAUCAUUUCUUUGUUGCCAGUCAAGUCGCUUAUGUCCUAGACACGGUCUUUUCAUUCAAUAUACGUAGGUGGAUUAAUUUACCAAGGGAUUUCUCAUGUGCCACUGUGAGUAAAACGGACGUAACCAAGAGGUUUUUGCUGUUUUCAAUCGGAUACGCCACUACUCAACUCGGAGUGCAGAUUACCGUCUACCAGUUCUAAGGCUCAGUUUUGGAUUCCCUUGCUGGUUUAGUAUUCGCUCGUCUUCUCCUGCCUCUACUUUGAAAUCAGUUCGGAAAAACACAUGAAACAGACCAUAUAACACAGCUUCAUUCUCGGGGUCAACAAUGGAUUAUACUUAUUAAGACACAGGCGAGUUUCGUACAUGUAGGCUAUACCUUUAGAAUUUGAUAGGCUACUGUUUCAAAAUUCAAGUCUAAUGACUAGUGACCUAGUAGACAUAGCCUCUGUGUACGGCAUAUGGUUGCAAUGGUUUUACGAACCCAUACUGAAAGAAAGAAGAAACUGAAAUGUGUUUAUGGAGGCUAGAAAGUAUUUUAACAGUAGGCUAGUCUACAGCACGAAGGGGAAUUGUCAAGUAAUGAUCAGUGCAGCUAUUUUGUAGGAUAUUUCCCACACUAGCUUCGAAACAUAGCUUCUGCAAAGUAUCCCUGCAAAGUCUUUAAUUGACAGAUGAUUAAUUAAUUUUUAAACAAAAGGUUACUAGUAUAGGGACCUUUAAUCCUACCCACUCCCCUCAACCAUCGUUUUUUAAAGAUAUAAAGACUGGCGUAUGCUUCAGAUUGUCUUUGCAGCUCCAAAUCCCAGUUUUUCCGUACAAUAAUCUCAGGCUGCUUGUCAUUGCCUGGACUCGGACCCCGGAAUCUUCAUGAUUUGCGGACAUCAUGCUCGUUUUUUAGCCGGGAAACCCUCUUCUCGUCCCGCAUGUUUAGGACCAAACGAUCGGGGCUCGUCCGGCGACUCUGGAGGAGCCGUGCGCCCGUCGAGGGCGACGAGGAGACGGAUACACGAACGCAUGGAUCCGGGGGUUGCUGUUUGGGUAAAUCGACAAAGGUUGCCAAAUGUAAUGCCGGGACGGAAGCUGAAUUAAAGGCAUUGACCCACUCGAUACUGAAAAAAAUUAAAGAGAAACAAUUAGAGGUGCUCCUGCAAGCGGUGGAGUCGAAGGGGGGUGCCAGGAGCCCCUGCCUUCUCCUGCCCACCAAAGUGGACACCAAACUGGGUCAACAGUCUUAUUCCCUCCCUCUGCUGCUCUACAAAGUGUUCAGGUGGCCGGACCUCAGGCAUUCCUCGGAGUUAAAGAGACUAUCUUGCUGUGAAUCCUAUGGGAAAAUUAACCCAGAACUCAUUUGCUGCAAUCCGCACCACAUGAGCAGGCUUUGCGAACUCGAGUCUCCUCCUCCCCCUUACUCCCGCUACCCAAUGGACUUUCUUAAACCACCUGAAAGAGAGAGAUGGAAAUCCUCUCUGAAAUGUUGUGAUUUACGAUGGUCUGAGCGUGGCACGCCUGGCUGCCAGCACCCAGUAAUAGAGUGGACGGGUGCCAAGGCCCAUUCCAGGCUGACUGGCACUAUCUCCGGUGGUUGCCUGUACAAACUUCUUUGGCUGAAGGGAGAUUCUCCAGACUCUGAGCCUUCAUCUGCCGAGACAGGGGGAACAACCUACUCCGCCCCUGUGGGGCUCUCAGAUUCGCAAGCUGUUCAGACGCUGAGUGAACGUGCCCAUUGGUGCGUGGUGGCGUACUGGGAGGAGAAGACUCGAGUGGGGCGCCUCUACUCGGUUCAGGAGACCUCCCUGGACAUCUUCUACGACCUACCUCAGGGGAACGGCUUCUGCCUGGGACAGCUCAGCUCUGACAACAAGAGCCAGCUGGUCCAGAUGGUGCGGGCUAAGAUCGGCUAUGGCAUCCAGCUGACACGUGAGGCGGGUGGGGUGUGGGUAUACAACCGUAGCUGCUACCCCAUCUUCAUCAAGUCAGCCACACUGGACAACCCAGAUUCGCGCACGCUCCUGGUGCACAAGGUGUUCCCUGGCUUCUCCAUUAAAGCCUUUGACUUUGACAAGGCCGACUGCCUGCAGAGGCCCAACGACCACGAGUUCACACAGCAACCCCGAACUGGCUUCACAGUACAGAUCAGCUUCGUAAAGGGCUGGGGACAGUGCUACACUAGACAGUUUAUCAGCAGCUGCCCCUGCUGGCUUGAGGUCAUCUUCAACAACCGAUAGCAGCAAGCCCUGCCUUUCCCUGACCCCCAUCCCCUCCCAUCCUCAUGUUAAAACAUGUUUAAAAAGAAAAAUACAAACUUUCAAUGACUUGUUUAUUAAAUAACUAAGAUUUAAUUAAGUGAAUUAAGAAGUAAAAAUGUAUUUUAUGUUAUAAAUAUAUUAUUACUUGUAAAUAUGAAGACGUUUUAUAUGCAUCAUUAUUUAUGUAUUGUGCAAUGUGUUGACAGGAAAAAGAAAAUAAGAUGCACUUUGCCUAAUAUAAAUGCAAAAAAAGAAAAGCCAAAAUAAAUACUAAAUACAAAUAAUUUUUUCUAGGUUGUUGUUCUGUCUCUAGAAGCAAUGUGUCAUGGUACAACGUUUCAGGAGACCACCAUUGUACCUUAUUGUAGGCUUAAGUCUUGAUUCUAAACAUUACAUUUUCUCACAUUAACAUUAUUGCGGUGUGUGUGUACUAUGUCCUUCCUAAUUAUUUAACCAACCUUUGCAACUUGGAAAAUGUGUUAUUUUCACAAAGUAACAUACUGUUACAUAAAUACAUUCUUAAACACAGGAGGA